AUGGUGCACCACGUGGAUGUCAACCUCCCCUGGAACCACUCCCUCUGCGCCUGCUGCCUCUCGCGCAUCCUCCACCCCGCCACCCCCACCACCUACCAAAUCGCCACCCCCAACGCCCUCCGCCUGCACCUGCAGCAGCCCGUGCAUGAGAGCAUCAAGCCGUGCCCAGCCAGCCACAACCGGCCGUCCCAGGCUAUCCUUGCAUAUUCCGCCACAGUUAGGGUGCAGGGUGUCUGGGGUACUAUGGGCCCGGGUGUGGGGCGUGGGGGGAGCGGGCGCACUGCGCUUGCCGCUGCGGCUGCUCGUAGGGGUGGGGUUGGCGGUGGUGGGGGUCUUUCUAGGGUUGGCAUUUCUGCAGGCUCUCCUGCGGAACAGUUCAAGUGGAAGGCGGAUAUUGCGCCCAUGCCUGCGGCCGAGGGGAUGUUCCUCGAGUGGAUGGCAGAGCCACGUGUCGGGCUGCUGUUGGACCUGGAUGUGGUCAGGUGCCAGCUGGCAGAUAUGAUGAAGAUUCACGAUCUGGUAGCAGCAAGUGGUGGCGUUACAGCCGCUGGUGCUACAACCGCUGCUGCUACAGCUGCUCGAGCGACCACCUCUCGUGCUUCCAGCGCCGUUGUCGCUACAGCCAGUGGUGCUACAGCCGGUGGUGGUGCUCCCAAGCACUUCUGGUGGUGCUGCUGGCAGUGCAGUGCGUGUUGGACCGCCUACCGCCGCUGCCUCUCUGUUGUCGUCUUCCUCGUGCUUGUAGCGAGGCUUCCCCGUAUAGUCACAAUCUGGCGCCUGCACAUGAAAUCCUGCUACGUUGCCUUCCCCGCCCUGGCGAAUCAGCUGAACGCGGGGAGGCAGAUCGGGGGGGUGGGGGGCAGGCAGGCGGAGCGGCAGGCGAGUAGGCAGGCGGGGAAGGGGGGAGGGAGGCAGGCGGGUGGGGAAGCAGAGGAGGAUUGCUUUGGAUCGAUCCUGGCGCACGGGGGUAUGAGAGCGGGGAUGGGGAGAGGAGGGGGGGUAGGAGGAGGGAUUGGCUGGGUGGAAGGGGGAGAGGAGUGGAGGGAGGGGUUGAGAGGGAUGGAGUGGGAUGUGUAUGUGGAGCGUGUGGGGGAGAUUAUCUCCCAGGGGGGCCUGGAGGCUGAACAGUACAGUGGCAUGGUGAUAACUGGCGUUGACCCGACUGACUUUGCUCUCCGGGCUGCAUUGACACUCUGUGUGCCGCUCGCUGCCGUCUACGGCAUGCAAGCGUUUACCGGGGCGUGCAGUAACAGGUACAAGGAGCGCGUGGAGGGCGCUGCUGUGGAGGCAGCCAGGCAGCGGCUGGCAGAGAGGCUGGCAGAGAGGGCGGAGAGGCUGGCAGAGAGGGCUGAGGAGUCUGGACAGGGGAGUGUGGUGGAAGGGGGAGUAGCAGUGAACACUGAGAAGAAAGUGGAGGAUCAAGCUGCAGCAAGCAGUGCUGCCCGUCUCGUGCCAGUCAUCAGUGACCCAGCAGUGGCACUUUUCACGUACCGUGCCGCCUGCCUCCUUCAAUGGGUGCGAGUGCACGGCCCCAGGCUCAACCCCCCCAGCUACUGCACCCGCACCAACCCUGAAGCACCAGUCCUGGCGCUCCCGCACCCGGUGCACGACCUCCCGAGCCUGCUGGUCAGGUUCGGCGCCAUCCCAAAACCUGCGGGCACGGCAGGUUCGGAAGGUUCUGCGGUGCAGGAGUUUGGUGUGGGAGGAGGGGUUCCGGGGUGGGAGGAGUUUCCAGUGGGGGACAGAGAGGCCCUGAAGGCACAUAGCAGUGGCAGUGCCCUGGGAGGGAGGGAACGAGUAGAAGGCAUAGGAGGGGUGGAAGAGGUAACUGCAGGGCUUGCGACUGGGGAGUUUUUGGGGCUGAAUACCUUUCAAACAGGCAGCUUCCGGGACUCUGUGUUUGACCGAGAUGAGAUGCUGAAAGAAUUCAACGUGGGGGCUGCCAAGAGUCUGCAGGAGAGGGGGAUUGCCACGAGCCCAGUAGAGGACAUGCAAGAGUAUCGAGCUGCCAGGGCUCUGAGUGACAGCAGCAUGGUCACUCCCGCAUUCCCGACCCUCGCGGACCGCGUCGAGGAGUUUCUGCGAAGGUUCUCGCCGAAACGGCAGGCGAAGGAGGGGCGAGGCGGGCCGCUGGCACGAGCGAUCACCGACUGGGUGCUGCGACUCCACCUGACAGCUGCAGCUGCAGAGACAACAAACAGCAGCAGCAGCAGUAGCAGCAGCAGCAGCAGGGGGGCAGAAGGAGAGAGGAGGGACAUGAGCUUUGCGGCGCUGGCCCUGGGGGCGUAUUCCCCGGCCAAGUUAAAGCCCAUGCUGAGAUCCGCUCAGGAGGUGGACGCGUUUCUGGAGUUCAUGGCGGCCAUGACCACCCUCACGCCCGCCUGCACCGGCUGCAGCUUGUGCCUCAACGUGUUCAACCGGGCAGUUACUCCCGCGGCCGUUGUUGCCUCGUUUGCUUUCCGCCCCUCCUCGGUGCUCCUCCGCUGCAUCCUCUCGCUGUAUCCCCAGCGCUUCACUCCGAUGAAAGAGCUCCUAGACACGCUCGGGAUCCCCCCCCUGCCAGACCUGGUCCCGAACCGGCUCGUGGCUCCUCUUCUCGAAGGCGUGUUGGAGCACAAGCGCUUGCACUUCCUCUACACCGCAGCCAUCCUGCUGUCUCGGGAAGGCGUCGUACAGGACAUCAUGGAGUUACACAGAGCAGAUGGGGUGGUGAGGAGUGAAGAGGAGUUCAGAGAGGUGGAGUGGAACGGAUGGGAGCGGGGGGAGGAGUGGCUGAUGUGGGAGGAGGUAGAUAGCUGGAGAAAUGCGGUGCUUAGAGCAUGGCCUGUUACUGAGAUGUAUGAGGCGCCGCAUAGCUGGGCAGCGACUGGGGUGGAAGAGAGGGUGAGGGAGUGUUGUGCGGGGAUGAGGUUGAGGGAGAGGGAGUAUGAGGAGAUUUGUAGGGGGAAGGAAUGGGAUUUGGUGGAUAGGAUGGUUGCUGCUGCUGCUGCUGGUGCCGCUGCUGCUGCUGCUGCUGCUGCUUCGGAGGCUGAGAGUGAGGUGGGAGGCGGGUUGAAAAUCGCGCCUGCAUGCCUGGUGCCGUGGGUGGGGGGAGUGAACCCGUUUGCAUGCCUACGGGAGAUGCUGCUGGGGGAGACGUGCUACUGGGAGUUAUCAGAUGGGCGGAGGGUUGGGGUGACACCUGGGGCAGGUGCAGGAGCAGGAGAAGCAGGAGGAGCUGUGGCAGCAGGAGGGGUGCGUUGCUGUGCCUUCCCCGAGUGUGGCCGGGCGGAGGGGCCGGGGAGGCCGCCAUUGAAGGCUUGCUCGCGGAAGGCGUGGAGUGCUCCUUCCCCACCCCCUCCAUUCUCCCCUUUCACGCCUCCGAGCCAUCACCGUUCUCAAAGGAGACCAAUGAUAAGUUUUUCUUUCGUACUCAUCGCCCUGCGUUUGUUCCGCCCCAACGCUUUUCCUCCCCUCCUCCUUCCCGAAUCCCUCUCCCCUCCUCUUUCCCCCCUUCUCGCCCUGUGCUCUCGCGUCCCCCCGCCUGUCCAGUUCCUAGAGUGGGCAGCAUUUUACUUCCUAGCAUGGGCAGCAUCCCACGGGUUGUACCUCUCCCCUAAGACACGAAUCAAGCUCACACCAGACGUCCCACCAGAGCCUCUCGAAUCCGCUACAGACAGCCCCGCUACAAAGACAAAAACCACUAGCGGCAGCAGCAGCAGCGGCGGUGGUGCCGGUGGUGGUGGCAAGGGUGGUAGCAAGAAGGGGGAGAAGGGGGGCAAAGGGGGGAAAGGGGAGAGUGGAGGGAGUGGGAUGGUGCGUUUGGUGCGAGGGCUGGUGGCAGAGGCGGAUAUGGAGUCGGGAGACACGCUGUGCAAGAUACCGAUGUCUCUAGCCCUCUGGUUCAACACCAGCCAGGACGGGGAUGCGGAGGGAACACGAGGAGGAGUGGCAGUAGUGGGUGGGGCGGGCGGGGCGAAGGGAGGCGGGAGCAUGAGGGAGAGGAUGAGGGAGAUGCGGCAGCGGGUGCUACAGGGGAGGGCGGCUGCUAAGGCCAGCAUUGGCGGCGGUGGGAGGAAGCAGCUCGGGUGGGACCUGGUGGCUCUGCGGAUUCUUGAAGAGAAAGCAAAGGGUGAUGCCUCCCCCUGGGCGCCCUACAUCCGCUCCCUGCCUCCCUCUGUUCCUCUGCCCAUCUUCCUCCCUCCUGAGGAGGAGGGAGAGGUGCAGUGGGCAUCGACCAUGGAGCAGGUGAAGAGGAUGAACGAGGAGAUCAGAGAGACAUACCACAAGCACCAUGAUUCCACGCAUCCCACCCUUUCCUUUGAUGAGUACAAGUGGGCGGUUUCAAUGGUUCACAGCCGGGCUUUCACUCUGCCAGUCAGGCCGGGCGGCAAGUUUGAGCAGUUUGUGAUGAUGCCGUUCAUGGAUGCCAUCAACCAUCAUUACAACAACCACAUGGACUGGAUGGCAAAGCCUGUCUCAUCUGAGGGGGUGUUGGAGAUCCGGCUAAAGCGGGCUGCCAAGAAGGGAGAGCAGCUCUUCACAUCCUUUGGGCCCCGCAGCAACGAGAACCUCUUUCUCUACUAUGGUGAGUGGGGCCGCCAAGAAGGGAGAGCAGCUCUUCACAUCCUUUGGGCCCCGCAGCAACGAGAACCUCUUUCUCUACUAUGGCUUCAUUUUUACCACCCCCCUUCCCCCCACCACGCACAAGCAGGUUUCAUUCUGGACGGCAAUCCCUUUGACAGCCUCGCUCUCUUCCCCUCCUUUGAGGAUUCAGUGCGCUGGCUGCUCGACCGCGUCUACACAGACUGCCGCUCCGACUCCCUCCAGCGCCACAUGACCGUCGCAGCCAUCGCCGGCGCCUCCUCCUCCGCCGCCUCUUCCGCCGUCGCCUCUGCCGCUGUCUCUUCCUGCUCGCGAAUCUCUUUCACUCAGGCGUGGAAGCAGGCCCGCGCGGCCCUUGAUCGGCCCUCGUCUCAUGAUGCCUCCCGGGGGUUUGAGCGAGACAGGAACCUCUGGUGGGAUUUAAUGAACAGCUGGGCUUCGUUUGGGUAUGAGAUUCUGCCGUACCGGGCAGGACCGGAUGUUCGUCCGGCGGGGAGGAUCGACCCGAGCCUGCUCGCCGCGCUUGCUGCGGCGGCUCGGUUUGCAGCUUCGGCGCCGAACCGGACUCUGCCUGCUGGUGCGUUUCCGAGGUGCCCGCCUGGUUGGCGGAAAGAUGGGAAGAGUGGGGGCGGUUGGGGGAGGGUGGGUGGUGCGGGGGAGGGGAAAGGAGGUUUGUCUUGGCCUAGAUGUUGCCGAACCAAGGCAUGGAGGAUAGCGUGCCGGAGUGAUGGGGUUGGGGGGAACGUAGGGUCAACCGAGUCAACAGGGUCAACAGGGAAUGAGGUGGAUGAUGAAUUGGGGGAUGAUGGGGAGGUGCAGACAGGAGGGGUCUCAGGCAUAUCUACAGGUUCAACGGACGGUGAGGAUGCAGCGAAAGCAGCAUUAAGAGCAGCUAAGGCAGCAGAGGACGAAGCUGCAGUGGCUGCAGCGGAGUAUGUGAAGCUGCUUAUAGUGAGGCGGUGCCGCGAGCUGAUGAUCGGCAUGGCCACGCCCGCACACUAUGAUUGGUGGCUGCUGCAGGAUGUGGAUCGCGUGGGAGGGAAGCUUCUGGGAAGCGAUGGAGGGGUGGAUGGGACAGGAGCGAAAAGAAUCGGUGUUGUCGCCGCAACGGUUGCUUGCUGUCAAGUAUCGGCUCAGUAG